AUGACAAGGAUCAUCAUGGCAUCCGAAAAGGCUUUGGUGCGGAAAGUGUUGACGGCGUCAGAGAAAACCGGCGAAGGCGCGAAGAAGACGAAGCGACCAGCAACACGCCAAGCGCUGUCGUACGUGCGGGUUGAAGCGAAUGAAGAUCGUCGACGUCGUGGUGAAUGGACAGCAGCAGAUGCAGUUGGAAUCGCCAAUUCCCCUCGAACGGCGCUGCAAGUCGUCGGCGGAUCGAAGGCCAGUCCCCCAGCGCUGUACUACUCGGUCGCUGAAGAGCAACCCACUUCAAAGGACAACAUGACGUUCGACUCUCAGCUGUGCUACGUCAACGAGGCGGGUGAUCGAAUCAGCAGCCAGACUCUUCGUUAA